UCGUGUCUUAUCACUAUCACUGAUUCCCCGCUCGGUUGCUCCGUGGCUUAUCAUUUCAAUUAUUUUACGAAAUAAAGAGUGGAAAUCUUAAUUUUAAAAUUAGUAACCUGUUUGUGUGUGUGUUUAAUUAAUAUCCCCAAUGUUCAACAAUUUGAAAAGUAAACUCCAAAGUGUUCAGGAAAGUGUAACAUCUAGUCUCCAGAGUAUAACCAUCAACAGUACCAAAGCCCAGUAUGUUGCUCCUGAAAAACCAAACUUUGAUGCUGGAGCAGAGUUACUUCAUAAGUAUCAGACGGAAUGGAAUGAACUCCACAACAACGCAAAAGACAAUGCAUUUCAGGCAGAGAUUGUAGCACGAAGCAUCGCUAAAAUGUGUUUAACUGUAAAGAAGCAACACAACGAUUUAGAAAGGCUGAACACCUGUCUAGCCACCCUUCCUGUUUUGAUUGAAGAUAUCCACACAAUGCAUCAAACACUUGAGAAUCUAAACCGAUUGGUGGAAGAUGUGGAGAACGAUCUGAUCAAAUUAGACGACGCUAAGAACGCACUUUCAAUGCAUGGAAAAAUGCUUAAUGAAAAAAUUGAAUUGGCCAACUACGAAGGAAAGAAAUUAGCCGAGCUUGAAACUCUUAGAGUAAAACUGGCUCAAGACUAUAGUUUGAAACUGACUCACUACGAACAGACCCAAAGCAGUAAGUUGAAGGAAAGGCAGGAAGUAUGUCAAGAAGCAUUCCAAAAAGAUAUCCAGGAGUACAAGCAGUCUGGAACCUUACCAGCACCCUCUCCGGGCUCUAAAUCGGAACUUUCACUUGAAGAAAUAGAGCUAGAUUCCCCAAAUGAUGGUUUGGAUGAAAUGCUGGCUGACUCACCAACUACAGAAACUUGACAGACUCUUCCUUCUAUUAACUUUUGAUUGGGUCUAAAAGUCUUCCUAAAAACUUGUCAAUUCGGGUGAUAGGACCAUUAAUUAUUUUGAACAAGUCAAUUUUUUGCAAGAAUCAUCGUUCUUUUAAGAAAUAAUUUCCUUUUUUAUUUUUAAAUCAUUUUUAUCAUCUACUCAUACUUUUGUAGGUAGGUACUACUCAUGCAUUUACUCACUCAAAAAGUGACCUUCUCUUUUCUUUGUGAUUAGAAUUAGUUUUGCAAGGACUUAAAAUAUUCUGAAGGCUAGCCAAGUGUAUAUUGAUAGAGGAAUUGCAGAAAAGGGCAUCUUGUUGGCAGUGUUUCAAAAUCUCUGCUACCAUUUUAUUUCGUUCAAGGAGAAAGUCUAUUGCUUGGAAUUUUCUCAGAAUAGUCUUUCCACAGACAAGAAAUGAAAAGUUUCCAAGGCAGGGCAAGGUCACUUUUUGUUUUUAAAGUACAUUCUCCCUGUCAAGUACUUUUUUCUUUUUCUUUCUUUUUAAGGUGAUCUCAUGAUGAUAUGCUUACCAGUAUUCAGCAAUAUUAAUAAAAUGCAGGAUAAUGGAUAAUGAGGACCCUGUGCUAGGAUCUUCUUCUUCAGAGACGCAGUCCAUUUUGUUUCCUCUCAGAAAGUCGGAAGGUAUUAAGCCAGGAUUUAAAUAAAUGCUUAAAUUUUGCCAAGGUGAUCAUAGUUUUUUUUUUAAUUAGACUACAUGGAUGAAAGUCAAGGAAAAGUAUUGCGAUCAAAGAAUUAAUUGCCUCAGGUAUUGGUUUAGCCCAUGAGAGCAUGAUCUCAUGGAUUUAAUAUUAUAUAAGCAAUCCGGAAAAAGACAAGUGAAAUGCAGAAUCAGUAAGGAGGAUUAGUUCAUAUUGUUCAAGCAAUGGAGGAAAUAGGCACAGGCUAUCACUAAUUAUCCAUUACACCGUUUUAUAACAACUCUGUUACCUAACAUUUUCCACUGAUCCCAAAUGAAGCACCUAAUAUUUUUAUCUAUUUAUUUUUUUCAAUUGUGAAGAAAAUUGAGUUUUCUAAAAAUUGUGCAGGCCCCUUGGAGAACUAACAAGAGUAAACAUGUAAUAUCUCAAGACAUCGUAUUUUCCCGGUGCAAGAAACUUCUCAUAUUAGGUGCAGCCUAAAUAAAAGCUAACAAAUGAGGAAGGGCUGUCUGCAACGUUUAUUUCCUUUUUAUAUUGUAUAAAAAAAUCAUUUGCGGCAUUUUUCAUUUUGUUUAAAAUUCGAUGUGCCUUCUUGUUUCUGUUAUAUAUCAAAUAUAUUUCCAGUUCUCAUAUUUUGAACUGAAUGUUUUGGUUAUUAUGGGGUCCGUAGCUCUGUAUUUUAUUGUAAUUUUUUUAAUUUUGAUUACAGAAGUUUCGCUCUCUGAAUUAUUCUCAUACUGUUCAUCCCAAAGUGUUACUUAUAAAAUAAUAGGGUGGUUACUUUUUUAA